AUGGCACCUAUUGGUGCAGCUGUUUUUGCGACGCUGCUCAUGAACGAUGCCUACUUACCAGGUGCCAUGGUCCUAGGCCAUUCCUUGAAAGAAACAGGUGCCAAAGCUCCUCUGAUAGCUUUUGUUCUGGUCGACAAACUAUCUUCCGAUACCAUCGCUGAACUUCGAACCGUUUACGAUGAUGUCGUGCCUGUCCAACAGAUCAUCAACAAAAAUCCGACCAAUCUCUAUCUCAUGAACCGACCGGACCUAGUAUCCACCUUCACCAAGAUCGAGUUAUGGCGGCAGACGCAGUUCAAGAGGAUAGUAUACUUGGAUGCGGAUAUGGUGGUGCUCAGAGCUCCCAAUGAACUUCUCACUCUGAAUACCAACUUCGCUGCUGUCCCGGAUAUCGGUUGGCCCGAUUGCUUCAACACGGGUCUUCUGGUCCUCAACCCAAAUAUGGCCGACUACCAUUCCCUAUAUGCUUUGGCACAACGAGGCAUCAGCUUCGACGGAGCUGACCAGGGCCUUCUCAACAUGCACUUUCGUGAGUGGGAAAGGUUAAGCUUUGUCUACAAUUGUACCCCCAGUGGCAACUACCAAUACGUUCCCGCCUAUCGACAUUUCUCGAGCAGCAUCGCCGUGGUCCAUUUCAUUGGUCCGGACAAGCCCUGGACGUUAGGGAGAGAGAACAAGUACAAUACUGGUGUCUAUGGAGAGCUAUUGGGAAUGUGGUGGUCCGUAUACGACCGGCACUACCGACCAAAGCCCAUCACAUACUACGACACUCGAACGUAUCAGUCCACGAAAAGGGUCCAGGACUACGUUCGUGGCGAGGAACCCCUAUACGUUGCCAGUUAUCCAAGUCAAGAAUCGGCCACGGCUCCAACUCCCGUUCCACCCCCCCGGCAGGAACCAUCACCUCCUCAACAAGGACAGAUCCCUCCACCACCAUCUGAAAUGACAAUGUCGGAUCUAGAACAAAAUAAGCCUACGACUGUUGAACUUCCGCUUGGAGAUGUCCCAACACCCACGGCCCAAGGCGAUUCCCACCCCGUCCCUACCGUUGAACCAGGACAGUUUUCAGCCCCUCACAUCGAAUGGGAGCCUGCAAGGGCACCUCCACCGGUUCAUUCAAAACCUGAAGCAGCCAACUUCCCCACGCAAAUAUACGACAUGUCAAGCGACACAAAACUCUUUCAACCGCCCGCCCACUAUCCAGAAGCACCGAAAGAUAUGUGGUAUCAGGUACCUGAAAAGGUUCCGGAACCAGUAAAACCAAAACCAAUUUUCCCAUGGGAGUCCCGAGCUCCUAAACCGACACGAGUAUUCGCCGCACCGAAAGCAUCGAGCCCUCCUCCUCCACCACCCCCGGAACCGGCCAAACCAAGACAUAUUUUCCCAUGGGAAUCCCGAGCUCCUAAACCGACACGAGUAUUCGCCGAACCGAAAGCCCGAAGCCCUCCACCACCCCUGGAACCUACUUCGGUGGUCCCGGCUGAAGAAGUGACGACGCCAUCUACAGCAACCGAUGCGACGGAAGCGACCGACGAGAGCGUUCCUACGCCAGGAGCCCCACCGAUCGAUCCAUGGGCAGCGUUCCAGCAGCGAACCAAUGUGUGGGAUGACAUGCCCGAAAUUGAACGAUAUGUGCAGGCGAUUAGUCAAUCCCGAAAAGGAAAGUUACAGGUGUUGCAUCAUGCCCCUUCUCAGCGUGCUUCUGGUAGCGCCAGCAUUACCUCUCCGCCCGCAGAACAUAUACGACGACCGAGCAUGAAACUCACCGAUUUCCCCUCCGAAGUCGAUCGACCGAGCUUACCCGUGACCCCAGCUCCGAUUCGACGACCGACAUUCUGGGGAGAGGAGAGGGAUGAAGAGGGUAAUCUUCCGGCAGCAGAAGGAGUUCCAAAACAAGAAGAUUGGGUGCGUCGAUCCUCCUCCUACCCUAAGCUUGCGCUCCCUGAUCUACCGCCCCUGUUGCCUGAUUCGCAUGGUGUUUUAUAUUGGAGAUGCCAAUUUUGUGGGAGACAGAAUCCAGUUGCCAAACUUGAAGAACUACAAAGACGACAGAGUGAAGUAUUGAUGGGACCGACGGGAACGCGGCAGUUGAGUGAGGCGAUCAAUUUGCCCAAAAGAGAGAUGCCCGAAAGCGGGAGUAAAGAAGCCGCCAUCGAAGCCGCCAAUCUGUCAAUAUCUCCUAUCAAAUCACCCAAGGCGCCGAAACCCAUCUUGAAAGCACCCGGUUUUGAAUUGGAACCAGAAAAGGUGGAUCCCCUUGCAGAAAAGAGUACUGACACAAAGGAAGACGAUGAUGCCACUGGACCUUCGAUAGAUCCUUUGGCGAAGAUUGGCGGCGAGAGUUCGUCGGAAUUAAAAUCACCACCUGUGACUACGAAUGCAUGA